AUGACAGAGGGCGACAACAUCUCUACGUUUAGCGUAGAUGGGGGGCAAGACACAGUGGGUCUACCGAGAAUCGUAAUGGUCACUGAAGGAUCAGAUACUUCAGCAUCAUCGGCGUCUUCCACUUCUUCCUCAGAAGACAACUGGGCCGACCUUAUUAAAUCAACAGAAAUACCUCCCGAGUAUUGGCAUAUUCAGAAGCUAGUGAAAUAUAUGAAGGCAGGUAAUCAGACGGCAACGAUGGUCGCGUUAUCUUGCCUCAAAGAUCAUGAUUUGACAAUAGAAGUGAAUCAACGAGCUAUACAAGAGAUUGGCGGCUUGGAAUUGCUCGUUAACUUGUUAGAGACUAGAGAUUUGUGUUGCAUUUUGGGAGGUCUAGCUGUCUUAAAAGAUAUCACGCCGAACAUGGAGAUCAGGAAAAAAGUAACAGAUUUGGGAGCUAUACCUUUACUAGUUGGAUUAUUAUCAGACCCAGCGAGAGACGUACAGAUAUUAUCAGCGGAAACAAUUGCUAAUUUGGGUCGGAUUCGUAAAAGUCGUAAGUUUUGCAGAAAAUUCGACGGUAUCCCUAAGUUGAUUGAUUUAUUGGAUAUAAAAGAGAGAUAUUUAGUGACUCCACGAGAAGAAUUAAAUCUCGAUGAACUGCAGUUUUUGGAUAUAGCACGUGCUGGUGCUAAAGCUUUGUGGUCUAUGUCAUCUUCGCAAAGAAAUCGUGAGGCUAUGAGGAAGUAUGGUAUGAUCCCUCUAAUAGCACGAAUGCUUAAAACAAUACAUUUAGAUGUUGCGGUACCGGCAGUGGGUCUUUUACAAAUGUGCGCAAAUGAAACAUCAUUUCAAUUGGCAAUACAAACAGAAAAAAUGGUCACGGACCUCAUCACACAUUUGGCGAAUGAAGAUAAAGACUUGAAGACAUAUUGUAGUUUGGCAAUUUAUAAAUGUGCCAGCGACUCUAUAACAAGGGAUAUGAUACGUGAAGCUGGUGGAUUGGAGUUAUUAGUGGAGGCAGCACAAGACAGCACAAACCGGGCGAAUAAACCUCUUUUGGCGGCAGUCACGGGGGCUCUCUGGAAGUGUGCCAAUAGCGACGCCAGCGUCAAGAAGCUAGAUAGCCUUGGCGCUGUGCCUAUACUCGUCAGGCUUUUGGAUGAUGAAAACGAUGGGGUACUGACCAAUGUAGCUGGAGCUCUGGCAGAAUGUGCUAAAUAUCCACCCAACCGAGACAGAAUUAGAGCUGCUGGCGGUAUCCCCAUGCUCAUUCAUCAUCUCAAUAAUACUUAUAAACCGUUAUUGGAAAACGUUCCAUUGGUUUUAAUGGAAUGCGCCAAGGAGCAGAGUUGCAUGUUGCAAAUCGACGAGUUGGACGGUGUGCGACUUAUAUGGUCUUUGUUGAAGAAUGAUUCAAAAAAAGUCCAGACAAACGCGGCUCUAGCGUUGAGUCCUUGUGUUCAAAAUGCUGCUGACUCUGGUGAAAUGGUCCGCUCAUUUGUAGGAGCAUUAGAGUUAACAGUUGAUCUUUUAGACUCUGAUGAUCAUAAUGUCCUCUCGGCCGUAUGCGCCGCAAUCGCAACAAUUGCAAAAGAUCACGAGAAUUUGGCCGUGAUCUCAGACCACGGCGUUGUGGCUAAGCUUUCGAAACUCGUCAGCACCACAGAUGACCAUCUCCGAGCGAAUUUAGGCGUGGCUAUAGCUUAUUGCUGUGACUGGGCUCAAAAUCGUCAGGAGUUUGGUAAACGAGGCGCUAUUACUCCGUUGGUGAACUAUAUGACGUCACGGGACCCAGCCGUCCACAGAUCGACGGCCCUCGCUCUAUAUCACCUCUCGUUCUACUCGAUAAAUUGCGUUACUAUGCAUGCGGUAAAGGUGGAAAUAUUCUAA